AUGGCUGGUCAUGAUCUUGCCUCUGGAAAUCAUCUUUUGGCAAGAAAUGUGGUCAACAACCUAUCCACCAAAACAAUUGUUGAGAGUAGACUUCAGAAGAUUGUUGAUUUACAAAACAUUUAUAUUUUACAAUCCAAGGUUUGGUACCAAUUGCCAAAAAGGGGGAUCCUCAGGGAAUUGAAUCGGUUUGAGGAUUUGACACAAAACGGAGAAGAAUGGAGCAAGAAAGACAGAAAAAUAUUCCAGCUGCUGGAUCACAGUCACAUGAAGUAUCAAUUUUAUUAUGGGGGUGGCUUCAACCACCCAGAAUUGGGUUCAGAAAUCACAAGCAGUGAAAAAUUGGAAUCCAGUCUAAAUUCAAGCAACAUUAGAGAGGUUUGGAAAAAUCUAAAUGUCGGUUUGAGGGCUGAAGAUGCAACAGGUGAAGAUUAUGUCAUUGAUUUGUAUUCUGGCGAAAUGGAAAUGUUGUUGAAGAAUGUCCGCCCUAUUGUGAAAGCCUUGCACUACCUUGAUCUGAUGAAACUCAUUGAAGAAGAUGUAAUGAAAGAGGAAAGCAGUAAAAUACGGCAAUAUGCUGAGGCCGCUUUUCGGUCUAUGAAGCGCAACGGCAUCAUCAUCACUGGCAAACAGGCUCACUACUAUCGUUCAGGAAUCCCUUAUGACAUUCCCAUUGAAGAUUUUCAAAGAUAUGCCGUUCAAGAUAGAAUAAUUGCAAGCAGAAAGAUUCCACAAGACCUCACAGAUCUUGCAAAUAUAUUGUUCGAUUUGGACAGGAAAAAAGUUGAUAGCAAUUCUAACUUUAUGCUCCACUUUUAUAUCAUUGGUGGUUCAACUGUUGAGUUCUCUGCACCAGGCUCUAAAGAUCCAUCAUUACAAAACCUCGCUGUGAGAGGUGGACACAAAGGAUAUUGCUCUAAAAAUUAUGUUGCCUUGUUGCAGUAA